AUGAGCGCCCAAGAUAAAGCCAGCAAAUGGGCCAAAUUCAAGGCACCCAACUAUGAUGGCGAGGGCUGGGGAGACGACAUCCCUAGUUCUCCGCCAAAACCAGCCGUAUCCGAGCAGCGAAGCCCACCUCCAACGACAUCGAGUCCCGUGUACAAUGUCGGCCCCGUAGCUUCCCCGCCAGCACAGACGUCUCCCACCUCACCAAAUGCCCAACAACCGACACCCUCGCCUUCCCAAUUUCCACCUCGAAAGGCGAGCUUGAGCCGACGGGACGGGAGGGAUCGCUCUGAGAAUUCUUCGCCGGCAGAGUCGGGCCACAAGCCUUGGGUCGAACAACGAUCCGCAUCGCCGCAAAACAACAAGUCACCGACGUUAGCACCGAGGGCUUCGCCUUUCAUUAGACCUGCCGAUAUAUACCGCCGAAUGGAAGAGGAGAAGGAGAAGGAGCGUCGGUCGUUGGAUUCUUCGAGACCUAGUUUGGAUAGCAACUCGCCCUCGGUCGUGGGGCGGGACACCUCCAGCGCCCCUCUCGCCAAGGCUGCAUCAACCGUGCAUCCUGCUGCUGGACCCGUAGCACCUUCAAUUCCUGUAGCACUAGCGAGGGAUGAGGUGGUCGAUAGUCCGUCAUCGCGAACGCUGCGACCAUCGCUUGAGCCGGUGACCGAAAGAAAGAGCGAAUACGGAUUUGACUCGUUCCUAAACAAGUCAGUCGCUCCUUCCCAACCCCAAGAGCCUCCUAGCUCGGCGGGCGUUGCGCCACCCAUUUCCGGUCUGCCUGCUUCGCCUAUCUCUGCAACCUCUGAGGCGUCCCGGCGAUUUUCCAGGAGUCCACAGCUUCCCGAUGUGGCGCGUAUGUCUGGCUUUGGCGAAGAUUUCUUUUCAUCUGCAUCUCUCAUGCCGAGUGCUCCAAACCCUCCCGUACCUGAAAUUUCUUCCUCGAUCGCACCUACGCAACCGCCUUUGACGGUUGAGGAGGAAGAAAAUCCUACGAAUUCGAUUGACGCUACGGCAUCCUCAGCCCAGGCGCCUUUUCAGCCGCAGCCUGCAGCCAUUGACUCGCCACCCACUUCGCCGAGCCCCAGCGCAGCUGUGCAGCCCAACCUGCCGCCAGCCAACGAAAAUCCUGCGCAGGCUGCCCCAGUGCGAUUAUCCCCCGUUUCCGAGCAAAAGUCUCCACAAUCCGUAUCCAUGAAUGGGCAUGCUGGGCUACAAAUUCCAGCUGAACCCAAGGCUAACGUAGAGGAGUAUACUAAUGUCGGCACUGGCAAGGACUCAGCAGAGCCUCCCGCAUCGACCGACUUGCCCAAACCCGUCGUCGCUACGGCUGUACCUGACGCGAUGGACAACGAGUCGCCGCCAACCAUCGACAUCACACCGACGGCUCCGCUCAAUCCCAGGGCAUCGCCGAGAACGGGUGACCAUUUCGAGCCUAUGGCGUUACCCCACCGACAAUCCACAUUCGAUACCACCGCCUCGUCUCCCGUCAAGGAGAGCGACGUCCUUCGCGAAGAAAUUAUCCAGAGCCUUAGUCCCGUUGGGGGUGCUCCUCCAUCCGAUUCCUUGCGGGUACAUCAACCAAGAGAUAGUGGAAUCCGCGAGAGCACCUACCUCCCUGCCGUCUAUGAUGACUACUGGGCGUCAACAACCGAGGACAAAGAUGACGCAGGGCUGGAGGUGGCUCCGCCGUUAGAGGCACCUGUGGUGGCACCUCUCCAGCCUAGAGCCCAAUCGCCAGAAAUUGCUCCUCCUCCAGCGCCAGAGCAGACUGGGAACCUGAGACGUCGUUUUUCGUGGGAGGCGGAACCUGCAGAUGAGCCCGCCCGACCUCAUCUUCCCGUAGAUAACUCACAGGCUCCUGCAUCACCUGCCCACCUUUCUGCGGAUGCGGCAAAGACGUCACCUGUUGCAGAGGCCACUGUUGAAACUCCGGCUGACCUCCCUGCCCAACCCGACGCUUCUCGGACUACGGACGAGGAUGCCGAUAAUAAUGAAUCCCGACCGGAUUCCCAGGGCAGCAAUACUCUUAGCCCAAGUGCCGCCGCGGCGCUUGUCGGUGCUGUAGCAGCUGGUUCACCUACGGAAGGAGAUCCUCGCCGGCUGUCUCUGGCUGCCGAAAAGGAAAUCAUACAGAUGUCGACCGAUGAGGUAGCGAACGAUCUCUCUAGCGAUCACCCCGCCUUGAAAGACCAGGCCCAGGCCCAGGCCCAGGCCCAACCCCAAUCCCAGCCUCGUCCAGAGACUGCCGCUGGUCCUUCGGCUUUGAAACUUGCUGGCUUCCGCGAGAUCAUGUCCCUGGCCACUCCUCAGGAUCGAAUCCAAAAAUUCGACGAGACACGGUCCCAGUUUGCCAGCAUGGAUCAAGGUCUUGCUGACUGGAUCCUUACUGUCCGGUCGCACCCCGACCACGCCAAUGUCUCAGCAGUAUUCCAGGCACCAACACGGAUGGCCGUUGCUUCCGGAGAGCCGGGUGCAGUCCGCGUCGCUUCGCCAACCGGCGCUGGGCCCAACCAACACGCUCAGCAACCCUACUUCCAGCAGUAUCUUAAUGCCAGCUCGUCGCAUACCGGCGCACCGGGAGGUCAUUCCCACACCGCGACCUCGGGAUCUCAUAGCCAUCACGGUAACGAUUUUAGACACUCGAGCCAACAGAUGGGUACUAAGAGCAAGGAGUUGCUUCUAGCUGCAGGAAAGGCAGGGAAGGGACUGCUUAGCAAAGGGAAGAACAAGUUCAGAGGAUCAACUGGGGAUAAGCAGAACGAGUCUUCUCCGCCCCCGCCCGCCCAACCUUAUCCCGUUAAGACCCAACACGAUAGGCGCACCUCAUGGGGCAUCAAGUUUGGCACCGGCGCCAAGGCUAGUCCUCAUCCGGAGAGGGCCGGCCAACCACCACCGCAGAACGCUGCCGCCACCGACCCGAACCAUCCGGGAGCGUCGCCCCAACAGCAGCAGCAACUGCCGCCGAUCCACCCGCCGCCGCCGGGACCUAGCUUCGCGAACCCGGACCUGGUCUCGCCCGUUUCGGAGUUUAACUCGAAGCCUUCCUCGGCGGACGGCGAUGAUGUCUUUGCCGUGCAGGCCCCGGGGCAAGGGGCCGGUGGUUCACCGAAGACGCCGCCGCCGAUGGGGAGGUCGAGGUGGGUCCCUGUUGGGCAGAGUCCGUUGGCGCAGAGGGAUAGUCCCGGGGAGGAGAGGAGGGACGAUCCUGGUGCCACGCCGACGAGGUCGAAUCUCAAUGCUAGGAAACGAGCGAGCGAUGCUCCGUCGGAGGACUGGGUUGUUGUCUCGCCUCAGCGGGAGUCUGAGCAGAAUGGGGAUGGUGGUGUUCCUGUGCGGGCUGCUGUCGAUGUUCAGGAUCAGUCUGAUGUUCCUCAGCGGCAGUCUUCGUUUAUUGGGUUGCCUCCUAUUCGGCGAUCUUCUACCUUUGGCGUUGGCAGACUUUCCUCCGAGUUUGCCGAGGAGAGUGCCGAGGCAGCUCCGGCUCAGCCCGAAAACAGGGUGGGUGAGGCACCUGCCGUUCCGCCUGUGCCGGAGGAUGAGGUCCUCGCCGCGGCCCUAGAGGGCCAGACAUUAGGGAACGAUUACAGCCGAUCCGACGAGGGAAUCUUGGACAAGGGCAAAGAGCUGGCCGAGCGGUCACCGACUCCGCAGCACGCGGUUCUCGCACAAGAUGGCGCCGUAGCUCAACCCCCUCAGCAAGUUCCCGCUCCGCCAACCCUAACGCCGCCUCUCGAGAACCGCCCCACCCUUGAGGAGUCCUCGUCCCUCGCCGUACCUGGCCCUUCGCUCUCGCGGAACCUGCCGCCUGCCAUAACUGGAAAUCCCAUCCAAUUGCUACCCCCGGGCCGUGGUCAAUGGAACUUGCAGGAGUCACACCUCUCGGAGCCGUUGAUCUCACCUUCGAGGAAGCGCCCUUCGAGCUCGGCGUCUCAGACGCCCUCGUUUGUGGGCUACGAUAAGGAGACGGGGGUCGGUGGGCCUUCUAAGGAUGAGUCGAGUGAUGAGGAUUCGGGCGAUGAGAACGCUGGUGUGGUGUUAACAAAGGAGGAGCCUGAGGAGGUUGAACAGCCGGAACCGAAACGGAAAAGUGUGCCGGAAGCCGUGGAUGUGUCAUCUGAUGUUGCUGCUUCGCGUGCCGUGCCCGCCAAUUCCGAACAGCCUACGCCCGUGGCUCCGCCAGUCGCUGUUGAACCUGCUCCCGCUCCAUCUAAUGCUGUCCCGCCGAGUACCGAGCUUGUUAAUACUGCACAACCACCGAUUGCCGCUCAGCCAACUAAUAUUAUAACACCUGCCGCCGCCGCUGUGCCUCCACCUCAGCAGCCCACCCUCACUAGGCCCCAAGGCCCCGAUCGAUUCAGUUCCACUCCUCCGAUAUCUGCGCACCGGUACCCGAACCUAUUUUUGCCGGGCCAGCCCCGCCAGGGACAACCGCAGCCGCAUAUUUACAACCAGCCUGUCCAGGUACCCGGCCAGCCUUUUAUUCAGGGCCAACCCAAUGCCUACGGACCUGGCGGUGUAGCUCUUCCUCCUGGCGCACGGCCUCCAUCUUCCGGAGGCGAAUCGAGGCGAAACUCUGGUCUCUUCAGCCAAAUCGGAGACCGUAUUACUAGAGUCACCUCGCGACCCUCAUCUCAAGUCGGACCCAAAGCGCCAGGCGAAGCAGCAGGAGACUCCGGUUCCGUGGCUAGCGUCGCGACCGGAGAGGCCGCGACGGGGCGAGAACGACGCCUCUCGAGCUUUUUCCUCAACCUUAAGGGCUCCAACACUGGCGGCUCCGGCGACGCGCCACCCCAUAGUCGGGACAGCAUGAUUGCGCAUUCGCCGUCUACCAUGGACCAGAGGAGCCCGGCUACGCCCGACAUGCCACCUCCGGAUAGGAAGCGGUUGUUCUUUAGUAGUGCUUCCAAGGCGAACAAGCCUGUUGAGCCCAGGGCGGCUCAGGGUGGUCCUGGGAAGUUCAUCCCUUCAUUUUCUAGGUCGUCUACGGCGGGGCUUGAGGGUGAGGGAGGUAGAGAUCCGAAGCAGCCGCGGUUGUCGAGCUUUGGGGGGCUGUUUAGGCGAUCUACUGGGCUGCAGGAGGGUGCACCAAGACAGCAACAGCAGCCUCAAGUAUACCAGCAGAAGCCGGGAACCCCUAACUCGAUGGCGUCAUCCGUCCCGGCUCGUCCCGGAACUGGGCCACCCGCGUCGCAGCAACAUCAUUCGCCGAGUCACUCCACGCAACUCCCUGCUACACAACCACCGCAGAGUGCCGGAGGAGGUGCCUCGGUGGGACCGCAACCUCAGGCGCGUGGUAGGAGCGGAACGACCGGAUCAUUACCACAUGCGCCUGUUGGGCCUAGCCCUCUCAGUCAGCAAGCGCGCCCUGUUGGAACUCCUGCCCCUACUCCUGUUCCUGCGCCGGGACCCACCCCUACGCACGAUGAGCGUGGCAGGAGGGUUUCUGGGGCGGGAGCUUUCUUGUCGAAUAUUUUCCAUUCGAGAUCGCCUUCUAAGCUGAAGGAGAAUAGACUCCCUAGCCCGGCGGCACCGGGUGUAUUCCCCGGUCAGCCGGGAGGACCUCCACUCGGGCAGAUGCCGUAUGGCCAGUUUGGACCUGGGCCUGGGCAAGUCCCGCCAGGAUAUCGGGGGCCGAUCCAGGGGCAGCAAGGUGGGCCGUUUAUGCAGGGAGCUGUUGGCGUACCUGGGAGUGUUCCUCCUGGCUUUAUGCAACAGCGGCCCGGGCUUCAACCGGGCCAGCCUGCUCCUGGACAGCGGGUUGGGCCACCUGUGAACCAGCAGGGCCCUCCUGGGUUCCAACAGCUGCAGCCGCAGCAGCUAGGACAGCAGGCAGGACAGGCGCCUUUCCUGCAGCAAGGACCUGCGCCCGUGCCUCAACAGGGACCAACUCAACAGAGCUCUGUUAUUGCUCCGGGAGUAGUCCGUCAACAGAGCCCGGUCAACCAGCAGGGACCUGUCGCCCUUCCUGGGCAGCAACAAGAACGCGCGGCUCCACAAAAUCCCAUCAACCAACAAGGACAGGUUCUACCCCCGAUUCUUCCUGGUCCGGCUGGCGCGCCGGGCCAGAUGCAGGACUGGAGACCCGUUGCUGUUCAGCAGGGACAAGAACAGGCUGCCCCAGAGCAGAAGUCGUUACAGGCUGAAGUCCAAGGUAGACCUGCAGAACCAGUCAACAGAGAUGCCAAUCAGGAGCUCGUUACUGCUCGUAAAGAAGUGACUGGUGUAGAUGGGAACGUGUCUGCUCCUCUGAUUGUUGCGCCAACUGCUGAGGUUCGGGAGAGGAGUCCUGAGGUUGCCGCACCUCAGCAAGGAGCGUCUCAACCGGCCAGCGCCAGUCAAGAGAUCAACCCGCCAUUCCAAGGAACUGUGACAGUUACUACUCCUCUCGCAUCUCCAGUCCCUCAUUCUACCAAGGAGCAGCGACCUGCCUUCGUCGCGGCCGCCGCCGAGUCAUCUGGAGUCUCGUCGCCUACUCCAUCGGUACCGACUCCGACUCAGCAGCAUGCCACUGAGUCCACUCGCAGCUCCCAAGUCCAAGUUCAGAACCAACCGGCAUCCAGCGGCGUCUCCAUCACUUCCGUCCCUGGCAAGCCUCAAAGCCCUCCCCCCGCGUCCUUCGAGCAGCACCAGCCAUCCGAUUUGCUAGGUGUCAGGAAGACGGCAUCUCCCGUCGCGAGCCAGAGUCAAUCUUCCGCUUCAGGAGCAGAUGCCGCUACCGUGAGUCCGCCGCAGGUGCCGACUCAUUCGGUUUCGCCGUCGCAGACGCCUGUGUCGCAGGUUUCGCCUUUGGUUAGCCAGGGUGGGUUCGUGGCGGGGCAGACGCCGCCGCUUGGACAAGGUGUGCAGCAGGGGAGGACUACUACUCCUCAGGGACAACCGGUUGGUCUCGCUCAGCAAGCUCCUCCUCAGGGCCAGGGAGUUGUCCAAGGACAACAGGUUACGCCGCAAGGUCCAACAAUCCGGCCUGUCCAGCCGGUCCAGCCGGUCCAGGCGACGCCUCAGGGCCAGCGAAUGCCGCAGGUCCAGCCUUCCCCUCAAGGUCAGCCAAUUCAGUCUCUUCAUCAACCGGUGCAACCUGGCCAGCAAUUCUAUGGACAGCCGAUUCCCGGACAGUGGAGGCCUGGACCUGGCCAGCCUCUACCAGGCAGCGCGCAAUACCCGGGUCCGCCGGCACCUUGGGCUGUUAAUCGCACGUCUACGCAGACGUCCACUGCCUCUGCUCCCCAGCAAGGAGCUAGUGUUCCCCCUCAGUUUAGGCCCGGACAGCCGCCUUUCGUCCACCAGCAGACUGCGCCGCCUGAAGGAGGCUCGAAGUGGUAUAGACCCAGCGCGAGUCCCCAGCAGGCACAGCUAGCUCCUGCGCCGGGCGCCAAGCCGGAGAGAUCGUCUAUGAAGUCGUUCUUGAGCGCGUUUAAGAGGUCGUCUAAGAACCCUGAGCCGCGGCCGCAGCAGCAGGUACCUCAGGGAUUCCCACAUGGUCAGCAUCCUGGGCAGGCGGGGCAGCAGUUCGUGUAUGGACAGCCUAUCCCCGGUCAACCUGUGCCCGCACAGUUUGCUCGCCAACCUGCUGGGACUUCGGGUCCUGUUCAAGUAGGCCCAGGACAGAUGUAUCCUCCUGGGUUCGUACCGCAGCCUGGCAUGUAUGGACGGCCAGUUCCUGGGAUGCAGUAUGGGGUGAUGCCUCAGGGACCGCCGCCGCCGCAGCAGCAGCAGCAGUUGCUUGCUCCCGGACAGCAACAGCGUACUGUGUCUGGCGGUGUCAUGACGUUACCAUCCCAGCAACAACAACAGCAGCCGCACCCUGGUAUGUACGGGGCACCACCACAGGCGGGCCAACAACACCCUGUGCAGCAGGCACCUCCUACUUCGGGGCCGUCGCCACCGGCACAAAGCGCGGACAGGUCUCCUCCGCCUCAGGGACAAUACCAGCUGCUAUAUAGGCUGAGCAUGGGGUCUACCUCCGCUCUGGGAUCGCCGGCCACGAGUGCGCCUUCUCGACAGACUUCUAUCCAGUCGGGCCAUAAUCAGGUUCAAGUGCAGUCCCAGCCACAGCCACAGCCGCAGUCUGCUGGUCCCUACCCAAGAUCGCCAAGUCAACAAAGCGAGGUUCAUCCCGCUUUGAGGGAGGGUGGAGCGAUGGUAUCGCCGCCUCCCCAGCAACAACAACAUCAACAACAGGGAAUUGCCCCACCGGCCUCCUCGUCGCCUGCCAACGGGGGUGUUAGCGGUGUGGUGCAGCCAACCAUCCCACCGCAGGUGGUCACUCCUUCUGCUCUCGUUUCUCCCGGUGGCCCUCCCGCGGUUAGUGUGGCACCCACGACGGUGGUAACCGACAUUAACAAACCUCUGCCUCUGCCGCUUCCGAACCUCCACCUUGCGCCAGAGCGUCCAGUCAGCGGAGUCAGCCAAGUUUCAACAGACAGUCCGAGGUCGCAGUCGCCGUCACAGCAGCAACAGCGGGGCGGCGAGUCAAAGACGGCUCCUCUCGGCGGUCACAGCAGGAACGUGUCGCAGAUGACGACGAACGAGGAGAGCGCUGUGUCGGAGGACACGACAAGCGCUAAUCCUGCUACCCCGAUCGAUGGAGCUAACAGGACGAAGCAGCUUACUGUCGAUACGGCAGCUGCUGUUGUCACGAAUCGGUUCUCGCAGGAGGAUUUGUACAAUGCUACGCCUAGAAAGUUACCUGAUGGCUCGGCUACUGAAGAGAAGAAAGUUGAGCCGCCAACGGUGGCGGUGCUUGCCGAGGAAACGCAAGAUACGACCCAAGCUACGCAGGCCACCGAUACCACUCAAGCUACUACGUCUACUACCGAUGGCCAGGCCUUAGUCACGCAAGCCACGGACGUGACUGAGGCAGAGGAGCAAGAAGACGAGGACCCGGCUCUUAAGGAGUGGAAGGCUGCGCAGGAGGAGAAGAGGCAGAAGAUGCUCAUGGAGGCGCAGCAGGAGAAGAUUCUGGUGGAGGGCCAGGAGGGAUUGCCCGGUGGUGACGUGGAUGAGGACGUGCCGCAGAUGAGUGCGACGAGUUAUCCAGGGCAGGAGUGGAAUCCUUAUGCGAUGGGCUAUGAGUUUUAUUAUAGCCGGGAGUGA